AUGCCGCGCGACGACGCGCGCGCGAGAGACUAUCGCGUGCUCUACGACCGCGACGCGCGCGCGCUGCGCGAUAAUCACACCGAUCCGCGGACGUUUCUCGCGCGCAUGCGAUUGAACAAAAGCGUCAAGACGCGGUCGUUCGCGACGAGCGCGCGCGCGGCGUGGACGAUCUCGCAGCAGUGCGCGGUGGUGGUGAUACACAGCGGCGCGCACGGCGCGAUCGCGGACGGCGCGGUGCGCGCGCGGACGCUGGUGCGGUGGGAGACGCGGGCGCUGGGCGUCGGGCUGGCGGCGUGGGCGCUGGGCGGCGACGGAUCGAGCGCGGAGGGAUCGGUGAAGCUCGGGCGCGCGGGAAGGGCGUGGCGGUCGAUUCGAUUGGGCGCGCUCACGCUCGGGGGGCUCGUGGCGCUGACGCCGCUGUGUCAGACGAUGACGGCGGCGGUGAGCGACGAUACGGCGGCGACGUGCGCGACGCUCGCGCUCGCGCUCUACGCCAUCACGUACGAUUACGCGUUCGUGAAUCUCGAGACGAAACAGCUCGCGAGUUCGUUUUCGCUCGGAGCGUCCAUGUUCGCGUCGUUGCUCAUGGCGAGUCGUUUGGACGAUCCCGCGAGCGUCUUCGCCGACGUCUUGCUCGCGCUCGAGUGUUACGUGUUAUCGCCGUACGUCUGGCGCGCCAUUCGCGCCUUCUCCACGACGCUUCAUCUCGUCGUGGUGUUCGCACUACACAUCAUCGCGUUCACCGUCGCGCGGGCGCGCGACGAGACUUUGGCGUGGGCGUACGUCGUCGGCGUCUUUCUUCUCGCCGUCGUCGCGCCGGCGUCGCUCGUUCGGCUCGCCGCGAGCGGUAAGCGUCAAAUCGCCGGUCCGUGGGACGAGGCGUUGCCCAAGCUGUAUUUAUUCAAGGACACCGUGCGCGCGGCCGGGGUGCCGCGGUACCGCCACUGGGCGGCGAACAAGUAG